AUGGGAAAAUCGAUUCAGUUUACAAAGAGGACUGUCAAAUCACAAAUCUUGGCACUUUUCUUAUCUUCGAUUGCUCUAAGUAGCAUUCAUACUGCUCCAACUGAUAAUAUUGAUGUCAAACUAGGAAUUUCUACUUCGUACUUUAGAUAGAAUGCAAAGGAAGUGAAGUAUUAUCAAGUUAGAAUGGAUCCAUCUAAGUUUAGCGGUAAGGAAGAUCUGAUCGUCAAAGUUAUCGAGUCAGAAACUCAAGGCGACCCUGAUAUUUAUCUGUCAAAGACAAACAACAAGCCUAAUAGUAGAGCUAACAGUGACAUUGCAUGCGAAUCAUCAGGUAGAGACGUGUGCACAGUAAAUCACAAAUAGUUGAUUAAAGGACAAAACAUCUAUAUUGGAGUUAAAUGUCUCGAAGAUUGCAAGUACUUAUUAAAAGCAAAUAUAUUCGAACCGGUAAUCUUAGAGGAUGGAUAAGAUGAGCAAAUUGAUUUUGCGACUGAUGAGUCUAAGCUUUUCAAGUACUAUGUGCCAGCAGCUUCAGCCGCUAAAGAUGCAGAUAAUAGAGUAAAUUCGGUGACUUUAGCUGUCUAGCCGCUACUUUAAUAGUCAGAUAACAUUAUUCUGACUGCUACAGCUCUAAAGGAUGGAACUGCUACAUCAAAAUCAUUCAGAGGAGUUCCAGGCUGGAAGAAGGGAUAAGUUUUGAGAUUAUCAGAGCAUUUUUCAGAAGAUUGGUGCAAUGAUUGCUGGGUCAAUAUCUUAGUAGAUGUUCAGGAUCCUGGUAAAUACUAGGUGAUAGCAAAGUCAAAUGUAGGCCUUUAGAAGUUGGAAACAAAUAAAAUCUAUGAGGAUGUUUCUUUCUUUGGAGACAAAAACUGCUAUAAGUAUUACGUACAAUCAUCAGAGAAUGAUAUGGUUUUGAAAAUUAAUCAAUACUCCGGCUUAAUAAGCUUUACUAUAAACCCAAAAAAACCAGCCGAAUCUUUUGACAAGGCAGCUUUUCAGUAUAUUGGGACUCAAAGUUCAUUGCUUAGAAUUACUCCAAGAGAUAGAAAGAAGGAAUCUUAAUUGACAGGCCUGUAUUACAUUUGUGCGGUACCUCAUAUGACUUCUACAUAUUCAAUCCAAAUCUCAGAGCCAAAAUUGUUUGAAGACUUCUCAUAUCUUGAGGAUGGUUAUGAUGAGAUGGGCGAAUUAUAAGGUAAAAGCAUCAAGAGCUUUGUUUACAAAGUACCAUCUCUUGAAUAUGAAUUUGAGGAUAUUGAUAUUGAUGUUAAAUUAGAAGUGAAAUCUGGAAAAUCUCCUUCACUUUAUGGAAAAUUCUGUGAAGAGAAAAAUGAUCCCAAAAAAUGUGGUAAAAUUCCAAGUGAUGAAGAAUUUGUGCAAUCAUAUAUAGACUAUUAAAGUGGCAUUAGAGUAGGCUAGAUAUUGUCAAUAACUUUUAAUCAUGAUGAAACGAAAUGCAAAAUCGACUAUAGUAAUAACUGUUACUAUUCAAUUCUUGUUUAUGUUGACCAAGAUCCAGAGGAGUUGAGUACUUUUAUUAUUUCUGCUUCUCAUUCCUAGAGGAACCAUAGAGUUCUAAAGGAGGGCACCAUUCUUUAAGAUUUUGUAACGAUCAACUCAUACAAAUACUACUCCUUCACCUUAUUCUAGGACAAAGAUGCUAGAAAUGUUACUUUUAAGCUAAAUACUAUUCAUGGUGAUGCUGAUAUUUAUGUCUCAAGAAUCAAUCCAUAACCAGACAAGCUUUUAUAUGAAAAAAGCUCAGUUAAAUCUAACAUCGAUGUAGAGUCCGUCACAUUUGGAGAUGGAGAUGGUGAAAUUUCUACUACAUAUUAUGUUGCUGUCUUCUCAUUCUAAUACUCAACCUUCAAUCUACUAGUAAAAGUAGACAGAGAAGGAGCUACCAAUCAAGUUGAACGCAUUCCUUAAUUGAAAGAAGGAGAACCAUUCAGUGCUAGUAUCAAAGGAAAGGGCUUAGAUGAUCAUUACAAAAUUUAUGUAAGACAAACUGAAGGCUAUGAAUAAUCAAUUAAGAUAUAAAUCAGCCCAAUAAGAGGAAAAUUUGAUUUGUAUGUAAGAUAUGGAGAUAAAGCAGGAACUAAAUAGUGGACUUGGAGCACCAGUGAUAAUAAUCUAGAAAUUAAGACAAAUGAUGUUAACUUCAAAAGAGAGGGAUACUACUAUAUCCUAGUACAUGCUAAGACUUCAUUGUGGAGCAAAUUUGUAGAAGAUAGCUAUGCCUACACAAUUCUCUAUACAACUUAAUAGGGUUAUCAGUAUUUAAAUGCAUAAUAAGCUAUUCAAAAUUCAUAACAGGCUAAGACGAAUUAAUACUUCAGACACUUUGUUACUUAUAAAGAUCAAGAUCUCUCAGUUUCAAUGACAGUUUUUAGCGGAAAUCCUUUGAUGUACAUCUCUAUUGAUCCCUCAAAUAAGCUGCCAAGUCAAUAGAAAAAUGACUUUACUUCGAAAAAUCAAGCAGUUAUCCAAGGUAACAAGGGUAAAUCCAUAUACAUUCCUUCCUCACAAAUAUAAAAGAACAAUCCUCAAUGCAGAGGUGGUACCUAAUCUCCAAGCUCAGAGCCAUGUGCAAUGUUUAUUACAGUUUAUUGCGAGACUGACUGUAAAUACUCUCUAAAAUUAGCCUAUGAAUAAGGAGCACCUAGAAAAGUUGUUGUAGGAGUUCCUUAACACGACAUCGUUAAGAAAGACGGAUUUAACUACUAUUAUCUCGUUGUUACUCAAUAUAAAGUUGAGCAGGUUUAUGCAGUUUUGAAUAGUCUGAUAGGAAAGGCUAUGAUUUAUGUUAAUUUCUAAGACAACCCACAAAACAAAGCUCCAGAUGAAUGGAAUCUUCCAACUACUUCAAGAUAUGCUAUGAGGUCAGAUUUUUAAAUGAGAUAAGACAUGAUUAGUAUCAGUAAUGAUAAUUUGAAAGAUUGCUUUAGCAGACAUACAGAUACUAAUGUAGCAGCUCAAUGCGCUAUUGUAUUUGGUGUUCAUCAAAAACCAGAGGAUAGUCAAAAGCUCGAAGCUGACGACAGCAUUAGAUACAACUUUGUAGUAUACACUGAUAUUCUUUUCCUUUAAAAUGGAGCACCAGUUUCUGGAAAAGUUGAUGAGCGUGAAUUCCAGUACUAUCUAUUUGAAGCCUCAUGCUUGGACUGUCCAAUUGUUAUAAGUCUUUCAACCUUUGGAAAUGGUGAUCCUGAUCUAUAUAUUAGCUAAGGUGAAAAUUAACUACCAACACUUACUAAUUUUGAUCUAUAUAGCUCUACUUUCAAAUCUGAAUUAGUCAGAAUUAGUCUAGAUAGUUCUGAGAUUCAAGCAAAGGGCAUUAAAAAUCUUAAAGGAUCUUGGAUUGUUGGAGUUUAUGGAGUCAAAAAGUCAGAAUAUUCAAUAAGUGUAACACAAGAAAAGAAUCCAAUCAGUACCCUAGUAUCUGGAUAUUCAUUGAAAGUAACCCAAGAACCAUUUGAAUCAACAUACUUCAUGUACUAUCAUGAUAGAGACUAAGUUGAUAUGCUUAUUCAGAUAAAUCCUAAAGUUGGAAAAGUUGAUGUAUAUGUUUAAACCUUUAAAGAUGAUGAGUAAAGUCAAAAUUUUGCAGAUAGACUUCCAAAAUCAAAGAGAAAUGCCCGCUGGAUUAAAGAUAGUAUUUCAUCAACAAGUACAAUGGAUGAGAAGCAACUCAUUAUUUUAAAUGAUGAAAAAGACUACUGCUCAAAUUGCUACUAUCUAAUCGCAGUUGUCUCUCAUGAUGUAAGAUCAGAAUAUACUAUUCUUGCUCAUUAUUUCGAGGCAACUUUCGAGAAUGUUCUUCUUUUGAAAUUGGGAGAGACCUAGCACUACUCAAUUAAGGCCAAUGAGAAAGUAUAUUUCAGGUUUAUUAUUGAAGAGAGAGAGUCUUUUUAGGUUUAAUUAACUUAACUUUCUGGAAUGGUGUAUACUAAAAUCUAUGAUGCAAGACUUAUUCAGACUCCAAUCGAAUUCUCAUAAUCAAAAUCUAUAACCAUUGAUAAGAGUGAUUAAUUCAUUAAAGCAGGUGAGAUGUACUACAUUUUAGUAUAAGAAACAUAGGGUAAUGAUGCUAGAAUUAGUAUUUUACUAAAUCAAGAAAGACAUAUAUAGCAAUUAAGCGAUGGAAUUCCUUUGAAAGUUGACUUUAUGAAGAAUGAUUUGACCAGACAUUUUAUUUUUAGCUUGCCUAAGGGAGAGUAAUAAGUUGAUAUUACUGUUAAGUCUAACUACAAAGAUUUUACUCCAAUUCUUAUGUAUCGUUACUCAGAAGAUGUAAACAACAGAUAGAGUUUAUAGUUCCCACCCUCUGGUAAAUUAGAUUUCAACUAUUCUAUUUCUUGGGAUAGAGGUAUUGAAUAACUUAGUUAGGAAGCCGGCUACAAUGUGAAGAACGAGACAGGAGGUCUUUUGAUUACUCUUUAAUCUUACGAAUACAUGUACGAAAAAUUGAACGGAUCACUUCCAACUCUAUACAUUACAGUCACAACUACCUCAAUGGUCGUGAUGGUCCCAAGAACUCAAUACUUUGGUCAACUAAAAACUCCAACUUCUUUUAAGAUGUAUCAAAUUGAUUAAGAUCUUCAUAUUAGAAAUGGAUUCCUGCUAAUAGACUUCGCAAACUGUCAAGGUAAAGGCAAAGUAUCUAUAGUUGAUAAGCCAGAUGGACAUUAAAGCUUAAUAUCUAAAGUUGAUUUAAGUCCAAAAGAAGAAUUGGGAAGAACUUUCUUGUAUGUCCCUCUUCCAAGAGACAAUCUCUUCAUUAUGGUGAAAGUUGAUGGAGUUCAAGAAUGGGAUGGAAAAUCACAAUUCGACCAAGUUGACUUUAUGAUUAAGGUCAGACUAAGUCUUAACAAUCAAUCUAGAACAACUGAGUUUCAUUACUAGGUAAAUAACAGAAUCUCACUUAAUGGCUAUAUGUUAAUGUCUGGCUUAGCAAAUCUUACAUGGAAUCCAAUUAUGUGGUCUGACUAAUUCGGAACUGUAUCAAAGGUAAAGGCCACUUAUUCAAUGACUGUGACUUAAGAUUCCUCUAGGGAUCUAAAUAGCGUCUGUGGAAUAAGAAGAAAAGAAUAUUCCGAAGACACUCGCUACUAUGAUUCUGACACCACAUUUUUCAAUGUACCUUAAAUCAUGCCUGGAAAGACUUACUUUGUUAAUGUCUAUGCAAAAGCGCAAGUACCUUUUACUGGUGAAGAAGAGAUUCUACCAUAUGAUGCUUAUGAACUUCAUAUAAGAGAGAGCAUUGAAUUCAGCGCUAAAAAUAUGUUUAUAUUACUGAUAUUAAUUGCCAUUUGCGGUGGAGCUAUAUAUAUUUGCAGAAAAUUGUCAAAGAAAGAGAAACCAUUCUACAAACCUAAGGAAGUUAGUCAUCAUGUUGAAUAUGAGCUGACUAAUGUCAAUGGAAAUAGAACAGGUGAAUAUGUGAGACCAGUAGUAAAUGAUCUGAAUGACAAUGAUCCACUGAAUUCCUCAACAAGUACGCUGGACAAUGAAUCAAAGGGUGGAUUAGGUUUAUGA